GUGUGUAGUGGUGCGGCGGCUGCUGGCAACAUGGCGCGCGCUCUCGGUGUGUCGGCGCUGGCGCUGCUGGUCUGCGGAUAUGGUGUGGGUGAAGCGUCGUGCGCAUGCGCGAACACGUCCUCAGCCGCGGCGCUGGACUUGCUGCUGGGCGAGUACGACCGCGCCGCGCCGCCCGCGCCUCUGGUGCGCGUGCGGCUGGCGCUCGACGUGCGCCACGCCGCCGUCGACGACGCACACGCCGCCAUGCGGCUGCUUGCUGACUUCCAUAUGAGCUGGCAAGACAGCCGCAUAACAUGGAACGCUUCAGAGUGGGGCUGCGAGUGGGCGCUGACGUCGGUGGAGCGGCUGUGGCGGCCGGACGUGGCGCUGGUGAACGCGGCGGCGGCGCGGGCGCCGGUGGAGCCCCUGCGGGCGCGGGUCACCAGCGCCGGCGCCGUCAGCUGGGUGGACAGACUCGACGUCGCCAUCCCCAUUUCCAUGGACCUCGGCGACUGGCCCAGAGAUAUACAGACCGGCGUCUUCAAAUUCGCCUCCCGCGAGCACACCGCUGAUGAAAUUGACAUCACUAUCGACCUGGAUGAUGUACAGUACGCGACAGUGUUCGAGUCGGGCGCGUGGGAGAUAGUGACGCUGGGUGGCGCGGCGCUGGCGUCGCAAGCCACGGAGGCGGGCGCGCGGCGCGUAGCCACUUGGUCGUUGGCGCUGCGGCGGCGGGCGCCGGCGCUGGCUGCGGGCGUGCACGUGGCUGCCGCCGCUGCGCUGCUGCUGCUGCUGGCAGCCGCCAUCAUGCCACCGGAUGUCCGCGUGCCUGUCGCCGCUGCCGCCGCCUUCACCCUCGCUAUAUGGCUGGAGGGCGCUGUGUGGCAGGUGGGCGGCGGGUCGUGCCCGCGCGCUGUGCACCUGCUGGGCGCGCUGUGCGGCGUGAGCGGUGCGGGCGCAGCGGCGGCGGCGCUGGUGGCGCGGGUGGCGAGGCUGGCUGCGCCACCGCCCGCGCGGCUGCGCCCUCUGCUGCUGGCGGCCAGCAGGCUGGCCGUGCUGUCGCCGCCGCCUGAGGUCAGUCUGGGUUCGGAGGGCGAGUGCGGCACGUGGGUGGCGGCGGCGCGGCUGCUGGACGCCGCGCUGCUGGCGGUGCUGGCGCUGGCGCUGCUCGUCAUACUGUGCCUCUACCUGUAGAGGACCGCCACGCGCUCUCCAUUUUGAGUAACACAAGUACCAAGAGUACCAACCACAUGAAGACACAGACAGUGCGUCCAGGUGUAAACUAAUAAGUAACUAAAUAGUUUCAGUGAAAGUGAUACUUACUUCACAGAAUAUACUUAGCCAAUAAACGUUGCAAACUAAAUGAUCUACAGAGUAACACCUUUGUCCUCUCAAGAGAGUACCUACAUAUUCAUCAUCCGUGAAUAAAAAUAGAAAAAAAAUUAAAAUGAUUAAUUUUAUUUCAGUAAUUUUUAUUGUGACUCUAAUAAGUAUCUACGUUUAGUUGUUUCUAAAACAGACUAUUUAAUUAAUUUGAAUAAAUUAAAUGAGAAAA